AUGGCAUACAUGGUGCUCAAGCUGGUUGCUUGCGCCAAGACCGCCAAAUACUCAUUCGGAUCGAUGUUCCACCUUGUCAAAUCCCUGGAGGAACUCGAAUUAGUGUCAGUCAUCAUUUGUGUUGAAUCGCUUACUUCAAUUGAUGCCACUUCCCUCGUCCCAUCAGGCACAAGAUCCACAGUUCUGGGAUUUCCAAGAAUUGUGUUGUUCAUCGCUCCUUUUGGGAACAUAGCGAAAAGUUCAGAGCGGCUUUCUCAGAAUGGACUUGCCAUUGCCUCCGCCGUUUAUGGGACCCACGAAGAAGAGCUGGUCGAUGAGGAGGAAAAAUCCCAACAUGAUAUCGAUGAAGCUGUCAAAUCCUUGGAAUUUGAGCCUUUGGAUCCUCUGACACUCGGAAGUUUCCCAUUAGUUGCUGCGCGUGUCAAAAAGUUGUUGGGAAACCGUGCCAACAACACUCAUGCUUACACAAAUGCAUUGCCCACCAUUGGAUGUCAGAACCCUACUCGCGCGGAUCGACGACUUUUCCGGCGCCAAAUCAUUAACAUGGAACGCCACGGGCUUAUUGAACGAGUGUUUGUGCCGUCAAAAAUGGCUCGAAAUAAGAUGAUCAUUUGCAUUCGCCCCACCGUAGGUGGGCAACGUGUCCAGGGAAUAUCCCAUAAAGGUGAGAAAUGCGGUGUCACAGGGGACCCUGACAUAUCACAUAAUUCUAGUGAGGUUCCGGAGACGUUGGCGAAGUGGAAUGUCACUAUUCAUCGCCAGCUAACUGAAAUUGCAGAUAUUUUAUCCCAACGUGGUAAGACGUACAAUGAAAUGACGGCGCUCCUCAGUCAGUUCGAUGUGUGGACAAUCGAACAUCUCAUGAAGAAGAAUGAGGAACAUCCAGUGCCCCAUCAUCUCCGCCAUUUCGCUAUCGUCUCCGAAGCUAUGCAUUAUGGGCGCGAAUGCCACAUGGAAUACUGGACAAAAUCGGUUCUUCAGCGCUCACAACUUGAUCCAAAUGCUGUCACUGAGAAACUCGGAAAUAUUUUGGCUGAGGACUUGUCUGACGUGGCAAGUUUUGGAGAAUUCCUCGAAGAAGAAUUUUACGAUGGGGAUGUUGACACCCUGGCAAAAUAUGUCGACAAUUUCUGUCGCCCCACAAUGAAGCGAGAUCGUAGGACCAGUCUUAAAGCAGAUGGGAUUCCUCGUAAUCGGAAUCCAAUACUACCCGAUGGGACUGUCAAGAAAGGCUGCCCACGAAAGGAGUGGAGUGUGCCAGAGAAGAAGACUAACGCUAUUCGAAAUAUUCCAUCAAGCCCACCUGCCGCUACGCAUGAAACAACACAAGGCGGAGAUCUAACCUUAGGUCGAUCCAGAGAGGGUACUUCCAAUAAUGGAAAUUCUGUCAAUUCGAGGUUAAUUGGUGGUGGCUUACCCGAACAAUCGAUUCUAAUCAAUGACCAACGUCCUGGGAUAAUCGAGGAUCCUAUGUUGAAAUCAACGAGGAAAGCCACAAAGCGUCCUGCGAUAGCAGGUUUAUCUGAAAAAAUCCAACUAAAUGUCCACAACCCGGGAGCAACCAAAGCGCAUUCUCGGAAAGGGAUCAGAGCACCCAGGAAUGCCAAUCUUACGGCUUUGCGUCGACAGGAAGAACUCCUGACAGUUCUUCAGGAUCUUGGAGGGAUCGCACAUUUGUCGGAGGAUCGAAUAUAUGAACAGUUCCAAAAGGUCAUCGAAAGGAGGAUCGCGGAUGGUGUAGUCAUGAGUACUCCGGAAGGGAUGUCUUUAGAUCCGCGGACCCUGAGUAAGACAAUGAACAGUCUCAGCGACCGAGGGCCAUCUCCUUGCCUCGUGCCCUCUUCCAAGCGCGAUUUCCUUUCAUCGUGCUUGGAUAUCAAUACUCGUGCGUAUGAUGAGCCUGAUCUUACCUUCUGGAAAGAGAUCACUGGGGCACCGCUGGACGCCAUCAACUCUUUCAUGGAGGAGGGAGGAGCAGAGGAGGUUACGGAACGAAAAACAGCGAUUACUCGUCUCGCCAAACCAUCCGGCCCCUACUUCGAAAAGUGGCCUCAGUCUCACUCACAGAAGCGAACACUAGCGCAGUUCCUAAGGCUCGAUGACGUUUCAGUUGGAACGAUGACUUCGACGAGCUUGCUCGAGACGCCGGCGCCAUCAUCAGAGCUCGCUGGCGCCACCUCUCGAAACCAGUUUGGGGAGCACUCUCAGAGGUAUUUCCUACUAUCUCUUGUCACAGCGCACUUGAAGUUUCGUGGAUCGACAAACCUUCCUGAUGACCAUCCCGAUGACCCCGUAAAUUUUGACUCGCUAACGCAUGUCGACUUCUUAAGAAGUUACAUAGACAAGGGUAAACUUCGGGCCGGAGUUAUUGACCAAGCGACCAAGCUGUUCGGUGCAACACUUCCAAAAAGCAUUUGCCCGAUUGCCCAGCGGUUCGGAUACACGGACGAUUCCCGAUCUUAUGAUCCAAAGUUCGAUUACUUCCUCACCACCGUUGGAGAUGAAAACGCUCUUUGUUCCGACCCAUUCGUCAUGAGGUCUGCCAGCGAUGCCCCUUCUACAGGGGGUCCGAGAAUCAGGGGGCUUACUCAGGCAGCAAUCAAGGCGAGACUCUGUGAAAUGGGGCCGAAACCGAUAGAUCUGAUCCGCAAUCUUAGAUGACUGUAUCCACACCCAAGAACAUUUACGACGAUAAACUUGCAGUGGCACUCCUACAACAGCUUGGGGAUACAGAAGUUGCCG